CCUAAUGUAUUUUCGCUUGGGGUCCUUCAUUUCGCUAGUUGUUUAGGUUGACGUCACUACAUUUGGCCAAGGGAUCAUCUCAUGAGACAUCGGCUGCCACCAUGUUCCAUGGAAUAGCAGUUACAGGAGGGAUUGGAGGAGCCCCUGUCAAUAAACCAGAGUUGUAUGAGGAAGUAAAAUUGUAUAAAAAUGCAAGAGAAAGAGAAAAGUUUGACAACAUGGCCGAGCUGUUUGCUGUCGUCAAGACCCUCCAAGCUCUGGAGAAGGCCUACAUCAAAGACUGUGUCACUCCCAAUGAGUACACGGCUGCUUGCUCGAGACUGCUGGUCCAGUACAAGGCUGCCUUCAAACAGGUUCAGGGGUCGGAUGUGGGGUCCAUUGAUGACUUCUGCAGGAAGUACAGACUUGACUGCCCGCUGGCUAUGGAGAGAAUCAAGGAGGACCGACCAAUUACCAUCAAGGAUGACAAGGGCAACCUCAAUCGCUGCAUUGCAGAUAUAGUAUCUCUUUUCAUUACUGUUAUGGACAAGCUGAGACUAGAGAUCCGGGCCAUGGAUGAGAUCCAGCCUGACUUAAGAGAACUUAUGGAGACCAUGAAUAGAAUGAGCAACAUGCCACCUGACUCUGAGGCCAAGGACAAAGUCAGCCUUUGGUUGACGACCCUCAGCAGCAUGUCUGCCUCUGAUGAGCUAGAUGACUCCCAGGUGCGCCAGAUGCUGUUUGACCUAGAGUCGGCCUACAACGCCUUUAACCGCUUUCUACACUCCUCCUAAACUACAGUUCCCAUCAUCCAUUGGGAACGUUCUGACUUUGACAGCAUAUAUUAUAUCCCCUCCACUUUUUAGACUUGUCCAACUUCUCUGGUGCAGACCCUAUCCUAGCUUCGAAUCAGAGCAGCACUUGAUGUUGUGGCCUUGCUCAACGGGGUCAUCCUGUACAGUGUUGUUCCAGCUUGUCACAGCCCUAUAACAAGGCUCCCCAGCCUGUGUGCUUGACCAAAUUCUUUACUUCUGUUAUUUUGACAUCAAAAAGCCUGGCUGACUUUUGUUAGCUAGUUGCGCAGAAGACAGUUAAGUCUUUCAGAAAUAUUAUUGGAGAUGGGUGUGUUUGAAAGGCUGACACAGCUAAAGCCUUUAUAUGAUUGAUUUUUUUAAUCCACUGUCUUUUGUGAAGCAUGUUAUAUCUUGUUGGGGGUGAAAUGCCAUGUUGUGUGAUAAAUCUGUGAACAUGACUGCAAAUUGAAAACGUAUAAUCCGCAAUAAAUUAUUAAAAGUUUAGGGUGAUUAGUUAGAUAAACAUGAAUCUGUUAUUUCAGACUCUUUCCCCUGACCUCCACUGUUGGUUUAAGUGCACUCAGGUGUAACACCCUAAUCCCCUUUUUUUCCUGUAGGUGAAAUACAUUUUAUUAUUUUCUAUGUCUGUAUUUUUUUCCCCUUGUUGCCCCCUCAAUACAUUUUAUAUUAGCACUAUUUAAGAACAUGUCUAAGUCAUUUUUACUUUAGAGGGUGUUUUGGGGUUUAAAUGUAUUUGAUAAUGGGGAUUAGUUUCUCCAAGGACCAUAGUAAAGGUUUUUAACCCCUUAGUUAGGAUUAGGGAAGAGCACAUUUAUUAAGAUGUAUCAUUGUACAUAAAAUAAAGUGAAUAAAGCACGAAUAAAAGAAACACCUUUUAAAAACAA